AUGGGGCUGCUUGCUGAGUCAAAGUCGCGCCGGAGGAUCCAGAACGAUCCCAACAACACAAGAUGGACUCGCGACACCACCACAUUUGGCCAGAAGAUGCUGAGAUCGCAAGGUUGGGAGCCUGGCCAGCUCCUGGGAGCUAAAGAUGCGGCGCACUCCGAGUUCCAUACCGCUGCCAAUGCGUCGUAUAUCCGAGUAUCGCUCAAGGACGAUAUGAAGGGUCUGGGAUACAGCAAAUCGAAAGAGGACGAAGUGACCGGUCUCGACAUUUUCUCAGACCUGUUGAGUCGCCUCAACGGAAAAUCUGAGGCAGAGGUAGAAGAGAAGAGACAAGCCAGAUUGGAAGUGAGGAUGCACCAGUACGUGGAGCAGAAAUGGGGACCUAUGAGGUUCGUGCGAGGAGGCUUGUUGGUCGGCGAUAACAUGGAGGAGGAGAACGACAGCUCAGAAGAAUCAGAAAGCUCUACGGCAGCGGAUGAUAAGAUACCCACGGCUACCAAGGAGUCGAAGAAGGAGAAAUCCAACAAGAGAAAGGCCGAGGCCCUAAAAGACGACGAUGAGAUGUCUGAUGAUGAGGACGAUGAGAAAAAGAAGAAGAAACAGCGAAAGGAAGAGCGAAGGGCUAAAAAGUUUGCUAAGUCUGAUUCAACCCAGUCCAGCGAUUCAGAAAAGGCCAAGAAGAAGAAGGAGAAGAAAGAGAAGAAGGAAAAGAAGAAGUCAAAGAAGGACAAAGCUUUGGCUGAAGAGGAGGCCGACGAAGAUGCCAUGGAAUUGGAUGGUGCACUGAAUAACUCAUCAUCAGCUUCAAACAGCGGCCCCGAGAAGGAAAAGAGCUCUAAGAAGGAGAAGAAGGGCAAGAGAGAGAAGAAAGAGAAGAAGGAUAAGAAGGACAAGGACAAGAAGAAGCGAAAGAAGAACGACACAUCCGAUACGGAGAUGCCUGACGCAUCAUCUACCUUAGCAUCGCGUUCAGGAACAGCCACUCCAAUCACGACGGGCACGUCAACACCAACGACUAAAGGCAACUUUGUCACUCCUAGGUCCCGGUUUAUCGCUCAAAAGAGGGCUGCAUUCAUGGAUGCCCAAGCAUUGAAUCAGAUUUUCAUGGUGAAAGCGUAAUCCACAAAAGUUCAAGCGCGGCGUUGAUUUAAUGAUUGGUUUGGCUACUUAUUCUCGUCUGCUCAAUGAGGCUCUAAUCGGAAUUCUUAGAAAGGAUUUAGACUAUAGAAGCUUCUGAUAAUUUUGCGGAAAGAGCGUUGUUGGCGUUGUACAAGAAGACAAUGGGCCAUUGAUUUGAGAAUUUGUAGUAGCUGUUGAUCUUAUUUACUGAAAUUAAAACAAGCAUAAG